GGCGCUCCGCCUGCCACUGCAGGGCGCUCCAAGCUCCUUGGCCGGGCCAGGCAAGGAAGAAGCAGUGAGCCCAGUGGUGGCGGCAAGCAUGGAAGCGGCAGGGAUGACUGUGGACGAGAAGGUGGAGCGCGGGAAUGCAGCCAGCAAGGCGAGAGCGCGAUCAGCUGUUAAGCGGAGCUCUUGGAGCGCCACUUCACAGCUGAUCGCACUCCUGCAGUGCCGGCCGCAUGGAGUGACUCUGUGAGUGGAGGUGCCUGUGGGGGUUGGUUUCCGCAGCGCGGAAGUAUGCCUUAUUUUCGGGGUAUGUCUUAUACUUCUCAAAUGCUUAAAAACUCUGCCAUGGCUUACUUUACGACUACGUAUUAAAAAAGGGGAAACAGGGUACUGACCCCCAUACCACUCUUAUGAUUGAGGGAGUCAGUGCACUGAUGGUGAUACAUGCCUCAGGACAGUCUCCUACCAAUCCAUACACACUGAUGUCACCGUUCCUCCUCAGGCUGGUGUUUGGGUCUCAUUAUGUUGCAUACUGCUCAAAAUAAUUGCAUUUAAUCACACACAAGGGGAAUGAAGGACAGGCUGCUGAGUAUAGUACCUGCAUUGUCCUAUUGGCAGGAGAUCUGCAGAGAGGACUCGUGUCCCUCCUUGCUCCCAGGAUUCAAGACACACUGUCGGAGAAAAUAAAUAUUUGCCAAAGGGCGAACAGGAGGAACCAAGACAGGAACCAUGGUAUGCCACAACCACACACUGAUAGCAGACAUCUGCAGCAGUUCACUGCAUUGGGCAGUGGUGGGAAAUCUGGCUUUCCAGAUGUUGUUGGAGUGCAGCUUCCAUCGGACCCAGUUAGUGCGACCAGUGGUCAGGGAUAAUUUGGAGUUGCAGUCCAACAUCACCUUGAAGGCCACAGGUUUUUCACACCUGCCACAUGGGUUUGGGAAACAGGAGAUUGGAGCAGUAGCUCCAGGUGGGGAUAGGGGAGAAAGUGGCUCCCUCACUGUUUACAUGUUUUGUCUAAUAACAGUCAUGUUACAAGCACUAGGAAGCUCCUUCAACUUGAGGCAAUUCUUCAAAAAUUGCAGAACAGUGCCUGCCUGGUCAGCUAGUAGGCAGGAAACAGAUAUCAUUGGGCUGCCAAUGUCAAGACCCAGUUCUGAACACCAGGUUCCUGUAGGUUGCAAGAGGAGCCCUGGUAAAGCAGCUGAAAUUUCACAUUCAGGAGAUACUGUGUUCAAAUCCAGGUAUCACACUAGAAUAGGAAAGGGACUUUGACAUUCAGGAACAUCUGAAUCAAUAUGCAUGAGCACUGAAUAGUCCUGUACACCUUUUGACUGAUGCUUUCCCCCUCUAAACUGGGUGCUUCUAUACACCCUUGUAUCAGCACUUACCCCACAGUGCGCCCUGAGUGGCAUGUCCUUUUGCAGUGCUGGGAACCUGAUUGAUCAGAGAGUAGAGGGUCUCUGGCUCUGGCCACUGGUAGUAACAAGCUAUGUGUCCCACCCUGAGUCCAGCUGAAGCUAGAUUGCAUCUGGGGAUGGAAAAAGUGUCCCCAGCUACCAAUCCCGAACAACAAAGGAACAAUGCACAUGGGAAAGUCAUAGCACUAGAACCUUUAUGACACUGGCUCCAUUUAGGAAUAUAUUCACCUUUGACAUAACUUUUGCGCACAGCCUGUAAGGAGCCUGCUUGGGAGUCAUAUCAGAGGAACAGCUGGGAGCAUCCUGCUUACUGUUGACCAUAAUGACGAGGACCUCCUUUGUGGUCUGCUAAGUACUGUGUGUGGGUAGGUCUUGUUCCAUUGGGAGAGGACCUGUGGAGAUGGGGGGGGGCAGAGAAUAAUGGGCAACAGCCUGAAGCUGGAACACCCUGACCUGGGCGCACAAGUAGGUGUUUUGAGGAAACAAGAAAGCUGAGCGGUGCCAAUUCAGUGUUCUGCCAGUACUCUUUCCUGGCCUUCCAACUCCCUGUGGAGGUGAGAGAUUUCAGUGACUGGCAAUAAACCCCUUUGGAUUGUAGUGGAACUCUUGUAUGCAAUGACAGCUCAGUCAGCUUCAUUUAUCUGUGCUGUGAUCUGAUAAGGCAAAAGUGCUUGAGUGUUUGGUGGCAGUAACAGUGGUUGGAUUCUAGUGCCUGGGCUUUGCUAAUGGAAAGGCUUACCUGCAUUUGGGAAUGAGUGUUUUCCUUAAGUUGGUGACACUGUUCCCUUCUGGAAAAGAACUUGAGACAAUGCAAACAGAAACAAGUAGUCUUCAACACUUGAACGGAAAGUACAAUAGUUGUGAUAGAAACUUCGGGCAACAGGUAACCUGAGCCAAAUAAUGGAUUUAGCACUAGCUCUUGUUUAGUGCUAUGUGAACAUGUGCAUUUCCUCUUCCUUUUUCUUCAAACUCUUAACAAUUUGGAGUUAGGUUAAAAUAAGCCAACUUUACACUGUAGUCUGUGAAGCUGAAUUGUUUAAACUACAAUAAUAGAUAAUGGUAACUACACUUCCUUGGUUAGAAUGACACUGUAGUUGACAGUUGAAAUGAGCUAAAAAUGGAAGCAAAAGCUUCCCAACGCCUCUUGGCUUUGCAUGGGGGGGGGAGUGGAAGGAGGGUAGGCUUGUUAAUGUAGCAUGAAAAGACAUGGUUUAGCCCAAAAUAACUACCAACAUUUAGGUUUUAGGUGCUAGGUGACAAACAAUAGGGGCUAGUGGCUGGGUUGAGCUUGCAGGAGCUGCUUGUUGUCAUGCCUCGCUUGUGAGUUUCCCAGGACCAUGUGAUUGGCCACUGUUGGGGACAAAAUGUUGGGCCAGUUGAACUCUUGAUCUGGGUAAGAUAACUGCAUCAUGGACUAAUAAAAUAAUUUGUUGAUGCACUCUUAGAACAUCUGUCUGCCAUUUUUGAUAAAUUCUAAUAACAUGUGAGUUGCCAAAAUCCUGGAGAUUGAGACAGUUUAAGAAAGGGGUGGUUGGAGAGGAGAUUCUAGGAAACCACAAACCAGUCUGACUUUGAUAUCAGGGAAAAUAUUAGAGUAAAUUCUAAAGCUUAUCAACCAGUAAGUGCCUUGUUAAUAAUGUAGUGGUUUGUAGAAGGUGGCAUAGGUUUAACAAUAAUAAAUUCUGCCGCACAAACUGCAUUUUUCUCUUUAUUAGCUUAAAGGGUGUUGGAAAACUGGAUAUAAUGUAUAGUUUUCUCAUUAUAUUUUAGUUUGGAAACUGCCUAAAUGUGAGUUAGAUAAUGAUAUUGUUGAGGGAUGCAAGCUUGUUGGAAAACUAGUCUCUUGAGUAGUCGGUGCCAGAAAAAACUGGAGGGAGAAUUUUGAGUGAGAGCUCGGUCCUGGUACUUGUCAACAUUUUUAUGAAACCGACAUUUUAUGAAACUUAAACACCAGUGACUUAGAUGAACAGGUAGAAGGAUCCUGAUCAUAUUUGCAGCAGAUGACCCUACUGGUAGGGACAGGAGACACCACAGAAGAUGAAUAAAAUUCAGAAUUAAUGUGAAUCUGGAAUGAGACUUCCCAUGAAAAUCAACAGAAAGCAAUGCAGAAUUUUACUGUUACACAAAAGAAGAUCAAAUAAGCAGGUGCAGAAGAUUGAGUACCAGACUUGAGGAUAAUGCAUGUGAAAUGGAUUUCAGGAUUGUAUUUGAUCACAAGCUAAACACUAGUCAACGUGUGGGGCUGCAAAAAAGGCUGAUGCUAUUUUUAGGCUGUUUUAAUAGAACUAUAAUUUCCAAGUCUUGAAGUGGUUGCACUUUAUUCUGACCUCAUUUGUAAUCCUCCAAUCUUGGACACUGCAUUUGAAGAUGGAUGUAAACAAAUUGUAAUGGACUUAGAGGAGGACCUUGAAGGUGGUUAGGAAGAUCAGAAAAUAUCCUUUGAAGAAAAGUUGAAAUAACAGGGUAUGUUUAUUUGGAAGAGAAUAUGAUGAUAGCACAAGAGGCAAAAGCUUGUUUUCUGCUGCCCUAUAGUACAGAAUUAACUAUAAUGGGCUUAAGGAGGGUAGAUUUCAGUUUAACAUGAGUAGAAAUUUCUUGAUGGUAGGAACAACUCUGCAAGAGGUCUGCCGAAAUAGGAUGGAACUUUUAGUGGUGAAAUAAUUUGCAUGCAAUUGGAUUAGUCAUAAAUUGGUAGUUUCCACAGCUUUUGUUAAUUCUAAUUUUUACUUGGUAUAAAAGACUGUGGGCCAGAUCCAUAUACAGACGUACCUUGGAAGUUGAACGGAAUCUGUUCCAGAAAUCCAUUAGACUUCCAAUAUGUUUGACUUCCAAGGUGCGCCUUCCGAUUGGCUACAGGAGCAUCCUGAAGCCAAUCGGAAGGCGCACCGGACUUCCGGCUUCCUAAAAUCAUUCAAAAAAACGGAACAAUCAAUUCUGUUUUUUAACCGUUUGGGAGCCGAAACGUUCGAGUUUACAGGCGUUCGGCUUCCGAGGUUUUUCCCUGUAUACCAUAGGUCAGAUCUGACCUGUAGGCUGGUAGUUGCCCACCCUUGGUCUAAAUCACUAAGCAUGGAUUUCUAGGAUUUUUCUAUAAGUGCCUUUUAAAAAAAAUAAAUACUGGUCUAUCGCAGUUCCCUUUUAUUAAUUCCAGAAAAGGGAGCGUUACAUGUUCCCUAUGCUCUUACUCUCACAUUUGUUUUGUGUGAGAUAAAAUACAAUAAAAAAGCUAAUUUAUUACUUCUUUUAAAAAUUUCAGUCAUUUCUGAAAAUUUUAGACCGUUUGAAAUAAAGAUUUGUAUAAAGGUGAGUGCUUUACCGAACAGUGGGCGGUAUCCAAGGCUCCCAUUGCACUAGUGCAAAGGAUGUGUAUGAGCACAUACACAUCUCCCCUGCGGACCCCCCUACACUCUCAAAAUUGGCUCAGGGGGAUUUGGGGACUCUAGGUAGGUUUUUUGUAGCAUGGUGGGGUGAGUGGAAAUAGAAGCGCCGCUGCAUCAAUGAAACUCUGCUGCUUUGAAUACAACCCACUUCUUGACUUCUAUCUUUGAACAGACUAUAGUUACAAAAUUAAAAAGAAAAGAAUUCGAAACAAAUGUUGCAGAAGCCUGUUUUGCUUUUGCACUAAGUAGGCAGCAGACCAAUUCAUCAAUGUUUACAGCUUUAUGAACUAUGUAACCAAGGUCAGUAGUUGACUGGCAUGCCAGUCCUUUGGUGCUCUCAGGCUCCUAUGCGGAGAGGAGAGCGAUGUAUAAUUUUCAUUUAUUGAUACAUGGUGUAGGAGUAACUACUUUGAGUUCCUGAUUUGAAAGGUAUGGCUUCUUGGAAGAAUAGUUAAAAGCAGUGCCUUUCUUCUAGAAAAAAGGUACCGUUUCUCACCGUGAAGGUUGUUACAGUAAGUGCCGCACUUUUAACUAGUGUUUUUCUUCUAGGAAAAAAAGGUUGGUACUGCAUACCCUUAAGUACCCCCCACCAAAAAGCUUUGGUUAAAAGAUUGACAGGUAUCUGGAUUAGAAUUUUUUUAGUAUAUUACCUUACAUAUUCUAGGGCAGGCAUAGGUAAAGUUGGGCCUCCAGAUGUUUUGAGACUACAAUUCCCAUCAUCCCUGAUCACUGGUUCUGUUAGCUAGGGAUGAUGGGUGUUGUACUCCCAAAACAUCUGGAGGGCCGAGUUUGCCUAUACCUGUUCUAGGGUAAUGUCAGACUUUCGUGUUGGGCUUCCAAAGAGAAGCCAGUGUUUCAGAGCAAACUCCCUGUUCCUUAUAGUUUGGAUUUUUAGUUUUGAAAUCCUAAUUAUAAGAACUGCAUAUUUUACGCUCCUUCUGUGGAAAGCCUUUUAUGUUAUCAAUCCUUUUUCUUUUUAGGUUUCUACAUGGUAUGAAAUUACAUGUGUCCUCCUAGGUAUGAAUGAAGUGUCCUGACAGGAGACCAGAGGAAUGAUGCAUGUGAACAUUGGUCAGGAAACCAGAGGGGUUGAACAAGGGGUUACCUCAGCUGGAACAGUAGGUGGAACAACUUCAGGGCCCAAUUCAGGUGGAACCAAUCCUCACUCCAUCCCUACAUCUGCAGUGUCAGGUGCUUCCAGUGUCCAGGUACCCUUCAGUGGAUGGUCUCAGGAUGAUGCCACAGUUGGAUAUGUCUUCCAGAGGCAGGCUGGUGAGCAACUGAGUGGCUACUUCAGUAAGCACCGUCGGCCCACAGGAGAUAGCAUUCAUGUAGAUCAUUCGGUUCGCUCUGUGGAUGAAAUGAAUCAUGAGUUUCAAGCUCUUGCACUAGAAUCUCGGGGAAUGGGAGAGCUGCUACCUGCCAAAAAAUUUUGGGAACCAGAUGAUCCAGCAAAGGAUGGACAAAAAGGCAUAUUCCUUGGUGAUGAAUGGAGAGAAACUGCCUGGGGAGCACCUCACCACUCUAUGUCUCAGCCUAUUAUGGUUCAGAGAAAGCCUGGACAUGUUUUUCAUGGAAACAGUGAAGUGAAUGCUGUCUUAUCUCCUCGAUCAGAGAGUGGUGGCCUUGGUGUGAGCAUGGUAGAAUAUGUGUUAAGUUCUUCUCCAGCGGAUAAAUUGGACUCCCGAUUUAGAAAAGGAGCUUUUGGCACUAGAGAAGCUGAAACAGAUGGACCUGAGAAAGGAGACCAGAAAGGCAAGGCUUCUCCAUUUGAGGAGGACAAAAACAGAGAUCUCAAACGAGAUGAUGAUGAUGAUGAUGUUACUAAAAUAAAUGGCAGAGGUUUGCCAAAUGGAAUGGAUGCUGACUGCAAAGAUUUUAACAGUCGUACUCCUGGAAGUCGGCAAGCCUCCCCAACUGAAGUAACUGAGCGUCUGGGGCCGAAUCCAAGCGCUGCUGAAGGAUUGGCUUCCCUUCCUAAUCCUGCAACCCACAAGCCAUUGGUGGAAGAAUUUUCUAACUCUGAAUCUCAGAAUUUGGAUGCUAUGGAACAAGUGGGUCUUGAUUCUCUGCAGUUUGAUUAUCCUGGAAAUCAGGUACAAAUGGACUCUUCAGGAGCUACUGUGGGACUCUUUGAUUACAAUUCACAGCAGCAGCUUUUUCAGAGGACUAACCCUCUCACUGUCCAGCAGUUAACAGCAGCUCAGCAGCAACAAUACGCAUUGGCAGCGGCACAGCAACCACACAUAGGUGUAUUUUCGGCAGGUUUGGCUCCAGCUGCUUUUGUGCCAAACCCAUACAUUAUCAGUGCUGCUCCACCAGGUGCUGACCCGUACACGGCAGCAGGUUUAGCUGCAGCAGCUACAUUAGCGGGGCCAGCAGUGGUCCCUCCUCAGUAUUACGGAGUUCCUUGGGGAGUGUAUCCAGCCAACUUGUUUCAGCAGCAAGCAGCAGCAGCUGCAGCAGCAAACAACACAGCCAAUCAACAGGCUGCAUCACAGGCACAACAAAGCCAGCAACAGGUUCUUCGUACUGGAGGAAGUCAACGUCCUCUUACUCCCAAUCAGGGUCAGCAAGGGCAGCAGCAGGCAGAGUCACUUGCAGCAGCUGCGGCAGCAAAUCCAACUUUGGCUUUUGGUCAGGGUCUUGCCACAGGCAUGCAAGGCUAUCAAGUCUUAGCCCCCACUGCCUAUUAUGAUCAGACUGGUGCAUUGGUAAUGGGUCCUGGGGCCAGAACUGGACUUGGAGGACCUGUCAGAUUGGUGGCUUCAACACCUGUCAUCAUCAGUUCUGCAGCUGCACAAGCAGCAGCAGCAGCAGCAGCUUCAGCUGGAGGAACAGCAAACAACCUCGCAGCAGCCACAAACGGGCUUUUCCGGCCCCUUGGUGCCCAGCCGCAGCCACAGCAGCAGCAAACAAACAGUAGCCUACAGUCCAAUUCAUUUUAUGGCAACAGUACUUUGACCAAUAACUCCCAGAGCAGUUCACUCUUUUCGCAUGGUCCUGGCCAACCAGGAAGCACAUCCCUUGGCUUUGGAAGCAGCAGCUCCUUAGGAGCUGCCAUUGGCUCUGCACUCGGUGGAUUUGGCGCAUCUAUUGGCAGUUCUGCAAGUAGUAGUGCCACAAGGAGAGAGUCUCUAUCUACUAGCUCUGACUUGUACAAAAGAUCUAGUAGCAGCCUAGCACCCAUAGGGCAGCCAUUUUACAAUAGUCUGGGAUUUUCCUCCUCUCCAAGCCCAAUAGGCAUGCCUCUGCCAAGCCAAACUCCUGGACAUUCACUUACGCCUCCGCCUUCACUUUCAUCACAUGGAUCCUCAUCCAGUUUGCAUUUAGGAGGGCUGACCAAUGGUAGUGGUCGCUAUAUCUCUGCAGCCCCUGGAGCAGAAGCAAAGUAUCGCAGUGCAGCAAACACCUCCAGUCUUUUUAGCUCCAGCAGCCAGUUGUUUCCUCCUUCGCGCCUCCGUUACAGUCGGUCUGACAUUAUGCCUUCUGGACGUAGUAGGUUACUGGAAGAUUUCCGAAACAAUCGCUUCCCUAAUCUUCAACUAAGAGACCUAGUUGGACACAUAGUUGAGUUUUCACGGGACCAGCAUGGCUCUAGAUUUAUACAGCAGAAAUUAGAGCGAGCCACUCCAGCUGAACGUCAGAUGGUAUUUAGUGAGAUUCUGCAAGCAGCAUACCAGCUGAUGACGGAUGUGUUUGGCAACUAUGUCAUACAGAAAUUCUUUGAGUUUGGAAGCAUAGACCAGAAGUUAGCCCUUGCUACGCGCAUUCGUGGGCAUGUUCUCCCGUUAGCACUGCAGAUGUACGGUUGCCGUGUAAUUCAGAAAGCCCUCGAGUCUAUAUCACCUGACCAGCAGGUAAUUAAUGAAAUGGUGAAGGAGCUUGAUGGGCACGUCCUGAAAUGCGUGAAGGAUCAAAAUGGAAACCAUGUGGUACAAAAAUGUAUAGAAUGUGUCCAGCCGCAAUCACUCCAAUUUAUUAUCGAUGCUUUCAAAGGACAGGUGUUUGUGCUUUCAACUCAUCCUUAUGGCUGCAGAGUAAUUCAGCGUAUUCUGGAGCACUGCACCGCUGAACAGACACUUCCCAUUUUAGAAGAACUGCAUCAGCACACAGAACAGCUUGUGCAGGAUCAAUAUGGGAACUAUGUUAUUCAACAUGUGCUGGAACAUGGACGCCCUGAAGACAAGAGUAAGAUUGUGUCUGAAAUCAGAGGGAAGGUUCUAACUCUGAGUCAGCAUAAAUUUGCCAGCAAUGUGGUAGAAAAAUGUGUCACUCACGCAUCUCGUGCGGAAAGAGCUUUACUUAUUGAUGAGGUGUGUUGCCAGAAUGACGGUCCUCACAGUGCCUUAUACACCAUGAUGAAGGACCAAUAUGCAAACUACGUUGUUCAGAAGAUGAUUGACAUGGCUGAACCUGCUCAGCGAAAGAUUAUAAUGCACAAGAUUCGCCCCCAUAUUACCACCCUGCGCAAAUACACCUAUGGCAAACAUAUCCUUGCCAAGCUGGAAAAGUAUUACCUGAAGAACAGUGCUGACCUGGGGCCAGUUGGAGGGCCACCUAAUGGAAUGCUUUAAGGACACAUUCAGAAUAUCUUGAAGAUGAAUUUUAUUGUGAAUUAUCAAAACAUACAACUUAACUCAAAACGUUGUGAUUUUUUUAUAUAAAAAAAACCCUAUUUAUUGACUCUUCAUGCAUUUGUAAAAAUUUUUAUUCAUGUGUAUAUUUUUGGGGAAUGAAUUGCAACAUAUUGCCAUUUCUUAUCAGAGACCUAUCAGAUUGUGUGGCUCACAAAGCACAGAAUGCCUGUAAAUGAUGUAACUAUCCGAAUAGCUCUCACAUUUUGUAAAUUUUUACCUUGUAAAGUCAUUGAAUAAAAUAGUUUUUAAAGGGAAAAAAAGUACAGUAUUCUUUUAAUAUACUGGCUCACAAUCUGGUAGGUCUCCCCAACAUCACAGCACAUGUUUAUAUAGUUGUAUAUAGAAAUUAGUUUAAUUUCUCCCCCACCCCACCCCUUUGUGCGGAAUCCUUUUUUUAUAACAGAUGAAAAUAGAUGAUUGCAUAAUUAUUAUUUAACAUAUUACAGAAAGUUAAGUUCUGUAUUUUGGUGGUUCACAAUUUUAUAAUCCAAAUAGCAAUCAGGGCACUGAAGAAUACCAGUAAGGAACGAUAAAAUGUGAACAUUGAGGAAUAGUUUCUACCUUUUUACUUUGGAAACUUUUUUUUUCUUUUAAUGUAAUGUGCCCUUUUCUCUAGCAGUGUAUAAAAGCCAUGUAUAUACUUAAAUAUUUAAUUGAUGUGCAAGAUAGGGGAAUAAAAAUCAAGGUGGUACUUUGGUCCAGCAACGUACUGUCUGGGAAAAGAGUAAACCUGCGUUAAAAUAAUAGGCAGUCAGUGGGCAUAAGGUGUGUGCUUUGCUUUGCAUAUACAAUUGUAAGACAGGAUUUGAAAGUGUUGAUAGGCUUUGUGUUCUCACAGGUAGCUGCAAACAGUAGGCAGUUAAUGGUGGAGGAAAGGCUUACUGAGACUUUGAUAGCUCAACAUCUAAAGCAUGAUUAAAUAUUCAAAUAACUUUUUGCUUCCUUAUAAAUAUAAGCAUUAUAUAAGUAUAGUUAAUAGAUGUAAGUUUACCGUUUGUAAGCAGAUUUCUUGUUUUCAAUGUUUUACAAGCCUUGCUAAUUGAGUAGUGACGCUUACUUUGGUUGUACAGAUGUACAUUUGUAAACCUCCAUGCUGUAAAUGUAAUUUGUUUUACCCCUUUUGGGAAGAAAAUUUGCAUUUUAGUGUAUAUUCAUACCCCUGUCCCUUUUUUGCCCUGACAUAGUGUUGUAUAAUGUAAAUUUAUUUCAGCAAAUCAAGACUGAUUUUUUAAAAGAUUCUAUCUUUAUAUGGUUUCAGAACUACAAACCAGCUUUCUUUUAUCUAUUAUGAGGAAAUGUUUUUGUUUAACAUAGUUGUUCUGUUAAUAUGGAUAUUUGGGGAACUUAAUCAGUUUAAACAUUAAUGAGAAUAAAGGCAAAUUAAUGGACUGAAAUACUGACCACACAAACCAGUGCUUCUUCCAUCUUAAAUGUGGCACGAUUUGUUUUUGUACAGAAGAGUACUGUAUUUUUGGACAGCUUCAUCCUAAAGCAAAUAUGUAUGAUACUGUCAAUUUUUCUCUGAACAAGACACUGUAACAGUAAGAUAAAAGCUGUACAUUUACAAGCGGCCUUAUGUACAUUUCCCAGUUUCCUUUUUAAGGCAGAAUUGUGACCAUAUGUGUAUAAUUAAAAUCCUUUUUAAUCCUUUGCCUAUGAAAAUAUUUUGGAAAGAAGCUUACUUUGUAUAUUCAGUUUCGGAAAGAUAAAGUGCUUUGUAUUUUGUUCAAGUCAGUAUUUUGUGUAAACACUUCAUUUUGAUGUCAUAACAUAGGUGCUUUGUCUCAAAGCUGCUGGAAGUAGUGAUUUGACUAUAGAUUGCAUUAAAACCUUUUGUGGAGAGGCCUAGAGAAGAUAGGAGAGCAACAUGUCAUCUCAUUUACAAAAUGCUCAUUUUUAUUAAAAAUAUAAUCACAGCAUACAGACAUUUGCUUACAACAAAAAUUAGUAUGUUGAUAAUUUAUUACAACAGCUCAACAGUUACUUACACCUUAAAAUAACUGAAGUAUCUCUCACAAUUUGAAUUUAUAUACUGUAGUAGUUUCCUUCUUUCCCUAUAUUUAACUUUUGAAUAUAAGUUUAAUGACAGUUCUAGAACAUUUUCCCAGUAGAUACAGGAAACUACUAAUCUUUCCAGGGACUUUGUCGUUGGAUAUGGUGGUUCAUGUGAGGGGAGGUGCGUAAUACCUCUAGUCUAUCAAGUUAAAAUUUCCUCCAUUUGUCUCAGUCUUCAAACAAUAAUUCAGUAUUCUUUGGUACAUUUCAAGUCUGUUUUGUAACCUGUUGGCUGGCCUAAGUGGCAUAGUUAUACUCUAAUAAUCUUUUAUCUUCUGUUAAUCUGACCAAUACUUUCUCUAAUCAGUUGUAUAUUUCUGCAGAAGUAGUGUAGGAAACCAAGCAUACUUCCCCAUAUAAUAAGCUUUCUUGGUUUAAGGAUGUUCUCCCCCUACAGUCUCUUCCCAAUGUAGAUUUGGUUAUAGAACAUUUUUUCCUAGUCUGUUUAGGUCUGUUCUGCCUCUAGGCUGCUCUUAGUUCAUAUUGAAUAAUGUAAUGUUCACUUGUAAUAUGCUGUAAAGAAAACAACAAAAUGAAAAUGUGUGAAUAACUUU